CUCCCACGGGCCGAGCUGGCACGGUGAGCGGGUGGGCAGAGCCGGAGCAGCCCAGGACGGUGUCGCUACGACCCAGGGAGUGUGAACAAGUCGGCCGUGGCGGCGAGAGCGGGCGGGCGCCGGGCAGAGAGAAAUGGGAGGCAGGGACGCGUGGCCAGGUCGCUGCCGGCUCCUCAUUCACCUCCUCCUCCUCUCCUUCGCUACUGUAAAUGCAUCGAAGGUUUUGGAUGAAGUCCCGAUUCCAGUGGAUUCAGAGUUGGAGCUGAGUCACCGUAGACAGCAGAGGUACCCGGCAGGAUCCGACGAUGAGGACUUUGCGGUGUCUGCUGAGGGGAGCGCUGAUCUUGAAGAAGGCAGCACACCAGACACAUUCAGUUACACCACAGUUGAUUCUCCAAAAGUUCCAGAGAGAAAUGAUAAAAAAACAGUUUACUACCGCGUGUUGGUGAACUUCACAACUUCAAUCGGGUACACUGCACAACUGGAAAACUUUGAGUCUGCAACAUUCAGAGAAAUAUCUGAAGGAAUCAUAGACACGCUUGAGUCUGAAUUCUACAGGAUCUCAGGAGACCAGUCAGUCACCGUGGUGUGGAUUAGAGAGGUGGACCACAAUGUAAUCGUGGAGCUGGACGUAGGAUCUGAUGGCAACAGCAACGAUGCAGAGAUACGAGAGGUGGUGUACUCGGUCGUUAAGAGUGGCUCCAUUGGACCUUAUGAAACUUCAGUUGAAGGCUUCUCAUUCAGGCACCUUGGAGAAGAGAUGAUGCCAAGUGCUCGCCCAUGCCAUGCCAAUGAAUUUUCCUGUGGGUCUGGCGAAUGCAUCCCUCUUGAUUACCGCUGUGACCUGAGAGCGGAUUGCAGUGACAUGUCUGAUGAAGACAACUGCGCAGAGAUAAUUGACGCCAUUAUUACUCCUCCGACUGUCCGGCCGACUGCACCAGAAGACACUACGAUUGCACUUGUCACCACCAGACCUGAGAGGCCAAUACUGCUUCCCAAAGUUACUGCAGCACCUGCUCCAGCCACUGCCGAUGUCCUGAGACCCUGUCCGAUAGACAAGGCUGUGUGCCAGAAUGGGCAGUGUAUCCCCCGGGACUAUCUUUGUGAUGGGGAAAGGGACUGCAUCGAUGGCAGUGACGAACUGGACUGUGGAACACAGUCACCGUGUGAGCCCAAUGAGUUCAAGUGCAAGAAUGGUCGCUGUGCCGUAAAGUUGUGGCGCUGCGAUGGCGACAACGAUUGUGGAGACAACUCUGAUGAGGAAUAUUGCCCCACCAAAGGUCCUGGGGAUAUGUGCUCCCCCGAGCAGUUUGUCUGCGUCUCCAACCGCCUGUGUAUUCCUGCCAGUUACCAGUGUGACGAGGAGGCCGACUGCCCUGAUCGCUCCGAUGAAUUUGGAUGCACCCCUCCUCAGGUGAUCACACCGCCAGAAGAAACGGUGAUGGUGAAGCGUGGUGCCACCGUCACCCUCACCUGUGUGGCAGCUGGAGUCCCCACCCCCAUCAUCACCUGGAGACUGAACUGGGGUCACAUCCCUGUCACCAACAGAGUUACCAUGACAAGUCAGAACGGACAGGGAACACUGAUCAUUAGGGAUGUUAAGGAAUCCGACCAAGGGGCGUACACCUGUGAGGCUAUCAAUGCCAGAGGGAUGAUCUUCGCCAUCCCUGAUGCACUGCUGGUUCUGAAAUCCAACCCAGGAAUCUGCCCAGAGGGUCACUUCAAUGUGGAAGGCACACUGCGAUGUAUUCCCUGUUUCUGCUUUGGUCUUACAAGAAACUGUGUUUCUACGAGUCGCUACAGAGACCAGAUACAUCUACGUUUCACUGAAGAAGAUAAUUUUAUGGGUGUGAAUGUGACGGUGCCAGCCCAGCCAGUGACACCUCCACUCUCCAGCUCUCAGAUGGUGGUGGACCCAGACUCGAGAGAAUUUCAGCUGGUUGAUCUCUCAAGACGGUUCCUUAACCAUGAGGCUUUCUGGAUUCUGCCAAAGCAGUUUUUGGGAAAUAAGGUCGAUUCCUAUGGUGGUCACCUGCGCUACAAGGUCCGCUACAGUGUGCCGAGAGGGCGGGUGGAGCCCGAGAACAAACCUGACGUCAUUAUCAUAGGGAACGGAAGAAAACUAAUCCACAAAGCAAAGAAACCUACUCAGCCCAAUGUCAUUAAUCAGAAGGAAAUUCUCUUCACUGAGGACAACUGGCUGCACGAGUCAGGCACUGCUGUGACCCGUGAAGACCUCAUGAUGACCUUAGCUAAUCUGGACAGCAUUCUUAUCCAAACAAAGUAUGACAGCAGGAUGGCCAGUGUCGGUCUUAGUGACAUUGUCAUGGAUACGACCAGUGUGGAGUUUACAAACCUGGGAAGACCACUGCUUGUUGAGGAAUGCAGAUGCCCUCAGAGUUACGUGGGUCUUUCCUGUGAGAGCUGUGCCUCUGGGUUUAAUCGUGUGCCCACUGGCCCGUACCUCGGUGUAUGUGAUGGCUGCAGCUGCAAUGGUCACGCUAGCACCUGUGACAAGGUUACAGGAUACUGUCUGAACUGCCGGCAUAACACGGAGGGCCCACAAUGUGACAAGUGCAAACCAGGGUUUUUUGGCAACCCCACUCGAGGAACUCCCAACGACUGCAUGCCGUGUCCCUGCCCAUUCACUGACUCCAACAGGAGGUUUUCGGAUAGCUGCUUCCUGGAUACAGAUGGGCGUCCCACCUGUGACGCUUGUCGUCUUGGCUACACUGGGCGAAGAUGUGAAACUUGUGCUGCUGGUUACACUGGAAACCCAAUGAUUCCAGGUGGAAAAUGCACAUCAAGUGCAGGUGAAAUUGCAAAGUGUGACAGCAAAGGAACUGACAUCACAAAACCAUUCGAAGGAUAUUGUGUGUGUAAGACCAACGUUGUUGGAAGAUUCUGUAAUGAAUGCUCAAAGGGAUCCUUCAAUUUAGAUGACUCCAAUGUGGAUGGUUGCCUGAAAUGUUUCUGCAUGGGGAACAGCAAAGACUGUGCCAGUUCAUCUUGGCACCGAGACCAGGUGCGGGGUGUUUUUGAUGCACAGGAGAGGAGUCUUUACAUGUUGACCAAUAUGGCAGACACUCAUAGGACCACUGAAGGAAUCCGGUUCAGUGCCUCGAACGAACUGACAUUUACGGCUUUUGCCACAAUCCCUCGAGACAUCUACUAUUUGAUUCUACCUGAGAGAUUUAAAGGUGAUAAGGUUACUUCUUAUGGAGGGAAAUUACAGUACACCAUCCUGCACAGAAUCUCUCCUGGUGCCUCACUUGUCACUGGACUCCCAGAUGUAAUUCUGCAAGGCAACAACAUCUUCCUGGAGCACUACACCAGGAGACCGGAACACGGCGUACACACCACCAUUACAGUCCCCUUUAAAGAAACAGAGUGGCGCCGGGCAGAUGGACAACCUUCCACCAGAGAACACCUCCUAAUGGCUUUGGCUGAUGUCAACCUUUUCAUGAUCCGAGCAAGUUAUUCUGAAGAAGCAGCUGAGACCAGAAUUUCCCAGAUCCGUAUGGAUGUUGCAGUCCCACAUUCCACUGGGCAAGAACAAGCAGUUGAGGUUGAGGAAUGUGUCUGCCCAGAAGGCUACAAAGGAUCAUCAUGCCAGGAAUGUGACUUUGGCUACACACGGACAACAAGUGGCCUUUACCUGGGGACAUGCGAGCGCUGUGACUGUAACGGUCACUCCAACUGUGAUGUGGAAACAGGAGAAUGCCUGAAAUGCCAGCACAACACCCAAGGCCAGAGAUGUGAGCAGUGUGUGCCAGGUUUCUAUGGUGAUGCCAGAGUUGGAAAGCCAGACGACUGUCGACCUUGCCCCUGCCCGGGAACCACCCCCUCAAAUCAAUUCUCAUCAACUUGUUUCCUGGACUCGGACAGAGAGCCAACGUGUAAUAAUUGUCCCAGCGGCUUCGGAGGCAGGAACUGUGAGAGAUGUGCUCCAGGAUACACUGGGAAUCCUGUAUUUGGACAACGUUGCACCAUUGCAGGUCAUUGUACUUGUGAUUGGAGAGGCAGUACUGAAACCCAAUGUGAUGCUGGUGGAAACUGCCCAUGCAAGCCUAACGUGGAAGGCCAGACUUGUGACACUUGCAAACGUGGUUACUUCUUCCUGAGUGCAGACAACAGAGAGGGAUGCCUGCCUUGUUUCUGUAUGGGGGUGACCCAGCAGUGCAGCAGCUCCUCAUACUACAGGAAGCUGGUUGCCAGUCCAUUUGUUCCACCAAAUAACUUCCAGAAUUUCUCCUUGGUGAGUCGCCAGCGCACGACACACAUCACCUCCGGAUUCACGGUGACGGUGAGAGAGGGCCAGCCACAGCUCUCCUUCGGGCGCUUUGGCCAGUAUACCCAGGAGUCCUACUACUGGCAGCUUCCAGAAGCAUUUCAAGGGGACAAGGUGACAUCCUACGGAGGACUGCUUCGAUACACCCUCUCCUACGACUCAGGGUUCCGGGGUUCCACAGUACCAGAUGCAGAUGUCCAGAUCAUUGGUAAUGACAUCACCUUGGUCACCUACCACACUCACCAGCUGCAGCCAAGAGAGACCAGGACCUUUGAGGUCACGUUCAAGGAGCAAUUUUGGAAACGUCCGGAUGGUCAGCCUGCCACCAGGGAGCACCUGCUGAUGGUCCUCGCUGACCUGGAUGAAGUCCUCAUCCGCGCCACCUACUCGACUGACAUGAUCUCCUCCAGCCUGUCCGACGUGAGCAUGGAGAUCGCGGUGCCCCACUACACCAACCUGGCCCAGGCGCUGGAAGUGGAAGAAUGUCUCUGCCCCAUGGGCUACCAUGGCUUGUCUUGUCAGGAUUGUGCACCUGGUUACACGAGGACUGGAGGAGGUCUGUAUCUGGGGCACUGUGAGCAGUGUGAGUGUAACGGGCACUCAGACACCUGCCAUCCAGAGACUGGUGUUUGCUCGAACUGUUUACAUAACACUGCUGGGGAGUUCUGUGGCCAUUGUGCCCCUGGGUAUUAUGGUGAUGCUACAGCGGGUACUCCAGAGAGUUGCCAACCCUGUGCUUGUCCUCUGACUAUCCAAGAAAACCAGUUUUCGACCAUCUGUGAGAGCAAUGGAGUGGGUGGUUACAGGUGUACAGCCUGUCUGCCUGGCUACACAGGGCAGCACUGUGAACGCUGUGCUCCUGGGUAUUCUGGAAAUCCAAGAAUUCCAGGACAGAGGUGUCUUCCAGUAGAUCACACUCCUUUCAUGGUUAGCGUUAUCCCUCAGAGAGCACAAGUGGAACAAGGUGGCACAGUGAUACUGAAAUGCCAGGUUAUUGGUCAAGCUCCUUUCUACUACUACUGGAGCAGAGCUGAUGGUCAGCCCUUGUCCAGCCGUGUUGAGCAGAGAAGCCAAGGAGAAGAACUUGUGAUCCGGGAAAUCAAACAAUCUGAUGCUGGGAUUUACAUAUGUACAUGCCGAAAUAUGGAGAGCACUAAUUCAAGUCGGGUUGAAGUUGUUGUGUCUGCACCCUUUUUCAAAGCCAUAACCGUGACUGUAGAAGAACCAAGGACACAGACUGUGAGAGCUGGCGUCACUGUCAAUUUUAUCUGCACAGCAAAGAGUCAGUCCCCAGCAUACACGUUGGUGUGGACCCGUCAACAUGGAGGUAAACUGCCAAACACCGCGGUGGACUUCAAUGGAAUCUUGACUAUCCGUAACGUUCGUCCAGAGGAUGCUGGAGUCUACGUCUGCACGGGCUCCAACAUGUUUGCAAUGGACGAAGGGACUGCUGUCCUACAUGUACCAGCUACGUCACAGGUCCACUUUAAGGCACUUGAAACAAUAGGAUACAGACAACCAACAGCGCCUGUAGCCACAAUCGAACCUCCCAUCCUUAGAGUCAAACAGGGACAGACUGCUGAAUUCCGAUGCACUGCAAGUGGGAAUCCUCCUCCAACUUUGGAAUGGUUCGGUGGCCAAGGUAAUAUUAUUUCACCAAAUGCAGUAAUCCAGGAUGGACUUCUCCGGAUCGUCGCGACAGAACAUUCCGAUGAAGCAGAGUAUUCUUGCAAAGCAUCAAACAGUGCUGGACACCACACCGCCACAACAGUUCUCUACGUGCAGAGUGUUGGUAACCUGCCCCAAGUGCAGAUCAGUCCACAACGGAUAGAGGUCCCAGAGGGCGAUACAGUGAGGUUGUACUGUCGAGCAGGAGGACAUCCUUCACCAACACUCACAUGGAAGAAACGUGGAGGAGAACUACCGCCCCAGGCCAAGAUUGAACGAACCGACAUUGGAACUCUCAUCAUCCCUUCGAUCACUGCUGCCCAGGCCGGUGUCUAUCUGUGUGUGGGGACCAAUACGGCUGGCUCCUCUGAAGGUCGUAUAGAAGUCACAGUCUUUCCCUCUCAAGGAUCUGUCCCACUGGUUCGAAUUCAGCCCUCCCCUGCCUCAGUAACAGAGGGAGAAAUGCUAGAGUUAUUCUGUCAGGCGACAGGAGACCCUCGACCUGAGAUUACCUGGCGCAGGUCACAUGGUUAUCUGACUUCCAAUCACCAGGUUCACGGGCCGGUGCUGCGCAUCCAACAAGCAAGUAGUGCUGAUGCCGGGGACUACAUCUGUCACGCUGAGAACAGCCUUGGGAUGCAGGACGUGGCCGUGUCUGUAAUGGUCACACACGGUGAUUCACCAAGAAGAACAGCCCCGACAGUGAAAGUUUACUCCUCUCCCAGCUCAGUAACCGAGGGAGAAAUGGUGGAGUUACACUGCCAGGUCACAGGUCAUCCACAACCCAGGGUCACAUGGCACAGGGCAGGAGGCCCUCUAACAGCCAAUCACCAGGUGCAGGGCCCUGUGCUGCGCAUCCUUCACAUGAUGCCCUCUGACAUCGGCGAUUACAUCUGUCGUGCCGAAAAUAUCCUCGGAACGCGGGAGGUCAAGUUCUCCGUCUCCGUCACCGCAUCACCCUCACAAAGUCAGCCCCCGACUGUGAUGGUUUACCCUUCUCCUACCUCAGUAACCGAGGGAGAAAUGGUGGAGUUACACUGCCAGAUCACAGGUCAACCACAACCCAGGAUCACAUGGUACAGGAUGGCCGGUUCUCUCACCACCAACCACCAGGUGCAGGGUCCUGUGCUGCGCAUCCUUCACAUGACUCCCGCUGACGCUGGGGAUUAUAUCUGCCGCGCCGAGAACCUCCUUGGAAUGCAGGAGGUCAAAUUCUCCGUCUCCAUCACUUCAACGUCACAAAUUCAGCCCCCGACUGUGGUGGUUUACCCCUCUCCUACCUCAGUAACUGAGGGAGAAAUGGUGGAGUUACACUGCCAGAUCACAGGACAACCACAACCCAGGAUCACAUGGUACAGGAUGGCUGGUUCUCUCACCACCAAUCACCAGGUGCAGGGUCCUGUGCUGCGCAUCCUUCACAUGACUCCCACUGACACUGGGGAUUAUAUCUGCCGCGCCGAGAAUGUCCUUGGAAUGCAGGAGGUCAAAUUCUCCAUCUCCAUCACUUCAACGUCAGAAAGUCGGCCCCCGACUGUGAUGGUUUACCCCUCUCCUACCUCAGUAACUGAGGGAGAAAUGGUGGAGUUACACUGCCAGGUCACAGGACAACCACAACCCAGGAUCACAUGGUACAGGACGGCUGGUUCUCUCACCACCAACCACCAGGUGCAGGGUCCUGUGCUGCGCAUCCUUCACAUGACUCCCGCUGACGCUGGGGAUUACAUCUGCCGCGCCGAGAAUGUCCUUGGAAUGCAGGAGGUCAAAUUCUCCGUCUCCAUCAUUUCCAUAUCAACCUCACAAGGAACUGCUCCCAAGGUGAGGGUUUACCCCUCUCCCAGGACGGUAACAGAGGGACAAAUGUUGGAGUUACACUGCCAGGCCACAGGACAACCAGAACCCAGGGUCACAUGGUACAGGGCAGCUGGACCUCUAACAACCAAUCACCAGGUGCAGGGUUCUGUGCUGCGCAUCCUUCGCGUGACUCCCGCCGACACUGGGGAUUACAUCUGCCGCGCCGAGAACGUCCUUGGAAUGCAGGAGGUCAAAUUCUCCGUCUUGGUCAGCUCCACACCAUCCUCCAAUGAUGGUGCACCAAUAGUGAGAGUGCAACCCACACCCACCUCGGUAAGGGAGGGGGACAUGCUGGAGUUACAUUGCCAGAUCACAGGGCAACCAGAACCCAUGAUCACGUGGUACAAGUUGGGCAGUGCUCUAACUGACAGACACCAGAUUCAAGGCCCGGUGCUGCGGAUCUUGCAGGUGACCCCUGCGGACAUUGGGGAUUAUAUCUGCCGUGCCGAAAAUAUCUUCGGAAUGGAACAACUGAAAUUCCCAGUCUCAGUCACCUCCGCAUCAUCCAGGGAGCUGUUACCAGUUAUAACCACUGGACCACAGGAUGUUACAGAAAUCGAAGGCAAUGAUGUGACCUUUAAGUGUGAAGUCACAGAGGGAGCUCAGCCAUUCACGAUAGAGUGGAAGACACCCCAUCAACACCAACAAGACAACGUGAAGAUCAGUAGCGAUGGCUCUGUGAUAACAAUCACUAAAGUUCGCCAACAGGACCAAGGCCAGUACAAAUGUCUGGUUCGCAAUCGGUUUGGGUUAGCAUUCAGCCUAAUGACUCUGAUCGUACAAGGACCUCCCACUGUGUCCAUCUCUCCCAGCGGUCCAGUCAGACUGGGGGUAGGUAAUUCCAUUACUCUGGAAUGUAUAGGUAUGGGAGAGCCUCGUCCUACAAUCAGCUGGAAUCGGGUUAAUGGCAGGACAAGGAACAAUUUGGGGAGACAGCUGCCAAGGGAAGACAAUCCCAUCCUGAGAAUUUCUUCUGCCCGGCUGCAGGAUUCUGGAACCUACUCCUGCAGGUCGACGAAUAGGUUCGGCACGGCAGAGGCACAGGUGGAGGUCAUCGUUGAGCGUUCAGCCUCCACGCCUCAAGCUCCUCAGGUUACUGCGGAAGAGCCUUCAAUAACCACCACAGCAGGCCAGACUGCUACCCUGCGUUGUUCAGCCACUGGUUAUCCCACUCCAAUUAUUCAGUGGUCUAAACUGCGGGCCCCAUUGCCAUGGCAGCACAAGAUUGUUGAAGGAUCAUUGGUUAUCCCUAACGUGGGACUGCAGGAUUCCGGCCAGUAUAUCUGCAAUGCCUCCAAUUCUGCUGGAUUCAAUGAACUCUUCAUAAUGCUGGAUGUAGAAACCACACCGUAUGCCACCUUUGAUGUCGACACUGUCACUGUCCGUGUGGGCGAGAUCAUCCGAUUACACUGCCUUUCCCAAGGAACUCCACCAAUCACAUAUGAAUGGUCUAAAGUAAAUGGAACCUUACCUGACCGGGCUAUCAAACGCAAUGGAAUCCUACAGAUUAACCUCGCUGUGGUGUCUGACUCAGGCAGGUACCGGUGCCUGGUGAAGAACAGGGUCGGUGAAAGUGAUGCAAUUGCAACAGUAAAUGUGAAAUCUCCCCCGGCAGCACGAGUAUCACCGCAGAUUGAGGUGAGAAACAUCGGUGGCACUGUAGAAUUCACCUGCUCUGUUAUCGGUCACCCACAGCCCAGGAUCGAGUGGUUAAAGGAAGGAGGACGUUUACCACCCAAUCACAAAAUUACUAAAGGAGUCUUGAGAAUCCAAAACAUACAAGAAGGAAAUGAAGGAGUUUACAUCUGCAGAGCAUCUAACCAAUUUGGGAAGGCACAGGACAGCGCCAAACUGGUCAUCCAAGCCCUACCCAUUGUCAUGAUAAACGUAAGGACAUCUAUGCAGAUGGUAAUGGUUGGUGGCUCGGUGGAAUUCGAAUGUCAAGCAAUUGGAGAUCCCCAGCCUUUUGUCCAGUGGAGUAAGGUGGAGGGAGUGUUGUCUCCUGAAGUCAUCAUUCGGAAUGGAAUGCUGAAAAUUGAAUAUGUAAAGGAGUCUGAUGCUGGACGUUACAGGUGUACAGCCACCAAUGAUGUGGGAUCUGUCCAGUCUGAGGUGGCUCUGUAUGUACAGACUGUUCCCAUGAUUGCCCCUCACCCAGAGCUGAAAGAAGUUGCCAUUGGAUCCACAGCUAUCUUCCCAUGUCUAGCCUCGGGCUUCCCGGCACCAGAGGUCACCUGGAAUAAGCUGGAGGGAGACCUCCCCCCUGGGGCUUAUGUUGAGAACAAUGUGUUGACCAUACCAUCUGCUACUCCCGAACAUACUGGAACGUACGUCUGCACGGCCACUAAUGAACAAGGAACUGAGACCGCGUACGCAAUGCUGAAAGUCCGAGAGCGCAAGAUUCCGUACUUCACACAGAACCCCAUUUCCUACAUUGCUGUGCCCACCAUAAAAGACGCCUACCACGAGUUUGAAAUCAAAAUAACAUUCCGACCGGAUGCAGCUGAUGGUAUGAUCAUAUACAACGGCCAAAGAAAAGCAACCGGAGCAGAUUUCAUCUCCUUCGCUUUAGUGGGAGGCCGACCUGAAUUCAGGUUCGACGUGGGAUCUGGCAUGGCCACCAUUCGCCACCCGAUCCCCAUCUCUCUGGGAGAAUACCACACUGUGGUGUUGUAUCGAAACUUAACUCAGGGCUCCCUGUAUGUGGACAACAAUCCUCCUGUCAAUGGCAGUUCUCAGGGGAAUUUCCGAGGCCUGGAUUUGAAUGAAGAGCUGUACAUCGGUGGAUAUCCCAACUUUGAUAACAUUUCCAAAGUAACUGGAAGUAACAGUGGGUUUAUGGGUUGUAUCCGCCAACUCAUCAUUCAAGGUGAUGAGGUGAUCUUCUCAGCUCCAGACCUGAAAGCCAAAGGAAUAUCCAACUGCCCCGUCUGCAAAGAUAAUCCUUGCAAGAAUGGAGGUCAGUGUGUUGACUCUGAGACAAGCAGCUACGUAUGUCACUGCAGGCAAGGGUUUACUGGGAGCAAUUGUGAACAUUCACUGGCUUCACACUGUCACCCAGAGGCUUGUGGUCCAGAUGCAACUUGUGUGAACAGACCGAACAGUCUUGGUUAUACCUGCCGCUGCCAUCUCGGUAAAAGUGGGCCAAAGUGUAUGGAUGGUGACUUGAUUACAGCUCCUUCCUUCAGAGGCGGUGAUUCCUUCGUAACAUAUCCACCACUGACCAACGUUCACAAUGAGCUGACGAUUGAGCUGGAGUUCAAACCUCGCUCACCCACAGGCCUCAUGUUCUACAGCAGUGGGAAGAGAAUGAAAAUGAAUGACUUCAUCUCCAUCUCCAUGGUCAACGGGCACGUGGAAUUCCGCUAUGACUUGGGAUCAGGACUAGCUAUUCUGCAGAGCACCAAGCCAGUCACUCUGAACAAAUGGCACAGGCUGAAAGCACAUCGACACGACAGGGACGGUUCACUGACUGUCGACAACGAGGAAGAGAUCAGAAAUGUGUCUCCAGGGAAAAGCCAAGGCCUUAAUCUUCGAAGCCCUAUGUACCUUGGUGGUGUGGCAAGGUCGGAAGUUCUACCCAAAGCAGUCAGUGUUACAGAAGGAAUUGAUGGGUGUAUUGCUAAGGUGUCAAUCAAUGGGAAGAAAGUGGAUAUCUCCUACACCUUUACAGAGAGCCAGAACGUGGAUCAGUGUUAUGACAAUUCACCGUGCGACCGUGAUCCUUGCCUGAAUGGUGGAAGGUGUCUGAUGACUGGAGAGUAUGAGUAUCAGUGCAUCUGCACAGAUGAAUAUCAGGGUGUGCACUGUGAAAUCUUCCAGGACAAGUGUCUGCAGGGGAACCCAUGCAUGAACGGAGGAACAUGUGAGAAGGGACAGUGUUUGUGCCCCAUGGGAUACACCGGAUCAUACUGCGAGCUAGGGAUGCCUGCUGUUACCUCAGCACCAGAGUGGCACAUGGAGGGUAGUGCGGAUUCUCCUGUGCAGUAUGGAGCUCACUUUCACAGUGGGGGAUAUAUCGUUUUACCAAAACAGAUGUUCCCACGGAGUUCCCCGUCUGCCCCUGAAACUAUUGAGAUGGAGGUUCGCACAACAACACUCGAUGGCCUCUUGCUCUGGCAGGGUGUGAAACAUGGAGAAAGUGGAAAAGGGAAAGACUAUGUCGCUCUCGGGCUCCAGAACGGCCACGUGCUCUUCAGUUACCAGCUGGGAAGCGGUGAAGCUAAUAUUCUCUCGGAAGAGCCAAUCAAUGAUGGGGAAUGGCAUAAAAUAAUUGCUGUGCGUGAAGGCAAGUCAGGAUAUAUCCAACUGGAUGGUGAUGAGAUUGUGAGGGGCGAGUCCAAAGGUGACAAGGUCAUGGUGAACACCGGUGGGAGCAUCUACCUGGGUGGAGCUCCAGAUGUUAAAUACUUCACAGGGGGAAAGUUCACCUCUGGAAUUACUGGCUGCAUCAGGAAAGUGGUCCUUGUAAAUAAAAGACCUGGACAGCAUCGUGUUCAGCCCGUUGACCUGCAGGUUCACGCCGAGGGAGGGGUAAAUGCUGAAGAGUGUCAGUCGUAGACAUUCGGAUUCACUGAAGGCAAAGUAGAGACUUCUGGGGAAAGGUGCUUUGCUGCUAUUAAAUUGGAUUGUUUUGUGUUCUUUAAUGCAGUCCAUUUUAACCAAAAAGAAAUCAUCGCAAUGUCAUCUAAUUGUAUUCUGUUGAAUGAAGGUUUCGACAACUCAGAUCGAUUUAUUUUGUACUACAAUAGCCAUACAAGAACACCAGCAUUAUCCUUCGAGGCUGAUGAUCCUAUGGAUUUAGGUUGCUCUAGCACUGAAGUUUGGAAUGUAGGUGAACAAGAACAACUGGGAAUCUCUCUGCUACCAUGGUCUCUGGGUUUUAAGGCACACUGGCCCGGUUUGUCUCUACUUAAGUAGGCCCAAUUCAUUUGUUUAAGGAAAAGGUUCACAAGUUGCAUACCUGAAAGUUUUGCGCUAAAGUAUUGGAUGGCUGGUCCUGGUAGGAGCUUUAUCAUUGUAUAAGAUAUACAAAAAUCUGAAUUGGUACCCAUGUAGCAAGAGUUUAUAACGAUGUUACUUCUGUCAGUUAGAUUGGCAGCCAUUUCCUGCACGUAUGUAUCACUGAUUUACCAAUUGUUCAGCAAUGCGGAAAUCCAAGUCUGUGCUUAAACAUGACCCUGGAUCGUAUGGUGUGCAUGUUGGCAUGACAGGGAUAAAGUGCAGAACGGCUUCAUAGAAGAAUAAGGAACAACGUUAGUGAAGGAUUUGGAUUCCAGUGGGGGACUGAACAGAAAACUGUCAGAUGACAACACCUUAAGGAAAAGGGGAAAGUGUCAUUAAAAAUUGUUCUGUAAAGGUUAGUUUCCCACUAGUGAUCCAGAGUUUGCAAGUCCAAAUUCCAGCAGGCCAAGGUGAGAAAUCGAAUCCAU